AUGGCGAAAGUGUUGAGUCGAGAGUUGCCGGACAUCGAGAACCUGCUGAGGCUGAACCCUACCGUCAAGCCUUACACGAACUUGGUGCCAUCAGCCCAGACAAAGAAGAAUAAACAGCAUUGGAAACGUAACGCUGAUAGGAAAUGCACGACGUGCCCGUCCCUGGAGAACAACUUCGACGACAUCAAGCACACAACGUUGUCCGAGAGGGGGGCGCUGCGGGAGGCGGCGCGGUGUCUGAAGUGCGCGGACGCGCCCUGCCAGAAGUCCUGCCCCACGCAAAUCGACGUCAAGAGUUUCAUAACAAGCAUCGCUAAUAGGAACUAUUACGGUGCUGCCAAAGCCAUUCUGUCGGACAACCCUCUGGGACUGACCUGCGGCAUGGUGUGCCCCACCAGCGACCUCUGCGUGGGCGGCUGCAACCUCCACGCCAGCGAGGAGGGCGCCAUAAACAUCGGUGGGCUGCAGCAAUUCGCCGUGGAUAUAUUCAUGAAUAUGGGCAUCCGUCAAACGCUGGAUCCUGAUAUGAAGCCGCUGCCAAGGUCUGGCGAUCACAAAAUAGCGCUGAUCGGCGGCGGACCGGCCAGCAUCAGCUGUGCCUGUUUUUUAGCCAGGAUGGGCUAUAAGGACAUAACCGUGUACGAGAAGGAGAGAUAUCUCGGCGGUCUGAGUUCCUCCGAGAUCCCCCAAUAUCGCCUGCCAUACGACGUUGUUCAGUUUGAAGUGAGUCUCGUCAAAGACUUGGGUGUCAAGUUCGUGACGGGGAGGAAACUCGCCACGGACGAUAUCACCGUAGACGGCCUUCUUCAAAGCGGCCACGCGGCCGUGUUCCUCGGCAUCGGUCUCCCGGAGCCCACCAGCGUCCCGAUUUUCAAAGGGCUCACCCAAGAGAUGGGCUUCUUCACCAGCAAAGACUUCCUGCCGCUCGUGUCGAAAGGAAGCAAAAAAGGGAUGUGCGCGUGCAAAUCGGCGCUGCCCCAGCUGCACGGCACCGUGGUGGUGCUGGGGGCGGGCGACACAGCUUUCGACUGCGCCACCUCGGCGCUGCGUUGCGGCGCGCGCAGAGUCUUCGUCGCCUUCAGGAAGGGAUUCACGAACAUACGCGCGGUGCCCGAGGAGGUGGACUUGGCCAAAGAAGAGAAAUGUGAGUUCAUGCCCUUCAUGUCUCCUCAAGAGGUGAUCGUCAAAGAUGGAAAGAUUGCGGGUAUCAAAAUGUGUCGCACGGAACAACUCGAAAACGGCGAUUGGAUUGAGGAUGCGGAACAAGUGGUACAGUUGAAGGCGAACUUCAUUAUAUCCGCCUUCGGCUCUGGACUGUACGACAGUGACGUGAAAGCCGCCAUGUCGAGCGUGAGACUGAACCGCUGGGGUGUUCCCGACGUGGACAGCGCCACGAUGCAGAGCAUCAGCAACCCUCGGGUGUUCAUCGGGGGGGACCUGGCCGGGGUGGCGGAGACCACGGUGGAGUCCGUCAACGACGGGAAGACCGCCGCCUGGUACAUGCACUGCUAUUUACAGGGUUUACCGUUCGACUCGCCGGUCGAGCUGCCGAAGUUCCACUGCCCCAUAGACGAAGUGGACCUCUCGGUGGAGGUCUGCGGGAUCCGGUUCUCGAACCCUUUCGGGCUGGCCAGCGCCCCGCCCACCACCAGCUCGGCCAUGAUCAGGCGCGCCUUCCAGCAGGGCUGGGGCUUCGCCGUCACCAAGACCUUCGGACUUGACAAGGACCUGGUGACGAACGUGUCUCCGCGCAUCGUCCGCGGCGCGACCUCCGGCGAGAGCUUCGGCCCCGGCCAGGGCUCCUUCCUCAACAUCGAGCUGAUCUCCGAGAAGUGCGAGGCCUACUGGUGCCAGAGCAUCGCCGAGCUCAAACGGGACUUCCCCAAUAAGGUCGUGAUAGCUUCUAUCAUGUGCUCGUACAACGAGGAGGAUUGGGUGGAGCUGGCGCGGAAGGCGGAGAAGGCUGGCUCGGACGCUCUGGAGCUGAACCUGUCGUGUCCCCACGGGAUGGGGGAGUCCGGGAUGGGGCUGGCCUGUGGACAGGAUCCGGUGCUGGUGAAGGGGAUAUCGCAGUGGGUGCGCAAAGCUAUCAAGAUCCCCUUCUUCGUGAAGCUAACGCCGAAUAUAACGGACAUCGUUAGCAUAGCUAUGGCCGCUCAUGAAGGUGGAGCCAGCGGUGUCUCAGCGAUCAACACAGUCUCGGGUUUGAUGACCGUCAGAGCUGAUGCCACACCGUGGCCUGCUGUUGGCAGCGCGAAGGCGACCACUUACGGCGGCGUGUCGGGGAACGCGACGCGGCCGAUGGGGCUGCGCGCGGUCUCCGCCAUCGCCAACAAGCUGCCCGGGUUCCCCAUCCUGGGCAUAGGUGGCAUAGACUCAGCGGACGCUGCCCUGCAGUUCAUACUGUGCGGCGCGCCGGUGGUCCAGAUCUGCAGCGCUGUGCAGAACCAGGACUUCACCGUGGUGGAGGACUACGUGACGGGCCUCAAAGCCCUGCUGUACCUGCGCUCGAUGGGCCUGGACGGCUGGGUGGGUCAGUCCCCUCCCACCCUCAAGCAUCAGAAGGGCAAAAGCGUGCAGACGCUGACCGAUGCGGAUGGAAAGGUGUUGCCCCACUUCGGGCCGUAUAAGAGGCGGCGAGAUGAAAUGCUCAGUACCAUCCGGAAAAGCUCCGGUCAGCUGAACGGCGAGGUGGAAAGCCCAGAGUCCAAUGGGACCAACGGCUACCAGAAUGGUGCCCAAGUGCCCAAGAUACAGGACGUGCUGGGCGAAGCCCUGCCGCGCAUCGGCCCGUACAAGAAGCUAGACAACACGAAGCAAGUGGUCGCCCUAAUUGACGAUGACAUGUGCAUAAAUUGCGGCAAAUGUUACAUGGCGUGUGCUGACUCCGGAUACCAGGCUAUCGAGUUCGAUCCCGAAUCUCACAUACCGCACGUGACCGAUGACUGCACAGGAUGUACUCUUUGCCUGUCUGUGUGCCCCAUCAUCGAUUGCAUCACUAUGGUACCGAAGAAAAUACCGCACAUCAUCAAAAGGGGUUUGGGCUAUCAAGUGCAUCCGGUAUCACCGUUGGACUCUCUAUGCCAA